AUGGAUCUCAUGGCAAAAAAACACAAUUUUUAUGCAACUGAAGCACAGUACAAGGACAAAAUCAGAGAUUGGGGGCUCGGAAAAAAUAGAGUGUACAAAUCAAAAACUGGGACUCGAAGGAGGUCUUCCAAGUUCAAACCUGGAAUGAAGCCAAUAGGGACGGAUGAGCGUACCGGAAACUUGCGCAAAAGACACAAAGGAACCGGCCGUAAUGAUCCGAAUACAGAUUUGGGUGAUUGCGAAAAUAUUCAGACAGGCUUCCUGGUUGUUCCCGCCCAUGUAGCACGGCCUACAGAACCUCCGAUAGAAUUCGAAGCGGCUUGGGAAUUCAAACACAAUAACGCGGUCACAAGCAGCGUCAAUCUUCCUCGCCCCAAUUUAUAUACAGGAAACCCCGACGCCGGCCCCGCGCAAAGUGUAUCGUUCUCUGAAUCAGCUGCGUCAAGUUCACCGUUAGGGCCUUUCAAUGAUAAUACCAUCCAAGAAGAACAUCACAUUGACAUCAACGAAUUCGAAUAUAAUAACCAUUAUAUACAAGGGGAGAAGCAAAAGCCCUCCGACCCUAUUUUACUCAUACCUCCUAUCAUUGACGAAGCAGUCAAACCAUUGACCAAAAACAAGGAUAUCGACUUAUCCGCAGAUAUAGAGUUGCAUGGUGCAUCCGAGGGCCAUAAAGGGAUAGACAGGCUUAUACUACAAAAGAACACAUCUAUUUCAAGUGAGGACUGGUCAUGUGGAGAAACACCUCUGAACAAGGCUGCGCGCGCGUAUUGCAACUCUGAGGGCGUGAUCCGUUUUUUACUUAAAUUCAAUACGGAUGUUUCGUCACGGGGCUUGGAUGGAGAAACAGCACUACAUUGGGCAGCUGUACGCAAUCAUAAGAAAGUAGCUCGCCUACUACUAGAUAAAGGCAUUGAUCUUUCACCAAACUCACACGGGGAGACUGCGCUGCAUUUGGCAGCAUGGUAUGGCCACGAAGAGAUAGUCCAUCUGAUACUCAGGAAGGAUAUCGACCCCUCGCAACAAGAUAAAGAUGGACUUACAGCACUAGGUUGUGCAGAGCGUAACAAUCAUGAAAGAAUAGCUUGUUUACUGCGUAGGAGAGAUAUGCUGAAAACCUGGAUGGGAGAUCACGACGAACAAUCUGGUCCAUCCGGCCUACACGAUGACCCUCCUACCUCAGAUUCUAAGACUCUUACGACGUCUUACCCACCCCUCGACACAACAAGCAACUGUCCAGAUAAUAUACCUCCUCUUUGGGGCCCUUAUUAUAACCCCAAAGAGCGUUCACAGCAAACUAAGCUACACAUAUUCCAUCCGUAG